UCCGUCCACGCCAGCUGUGGGGAGGGGAUCGCUGUUCUGUGACCCGCCUCCAGGGAAGCUCUGGGGAAAAAGAGCUGAAAGAAGGCUACCACUUGCCUCCGCGCCUUUGAAGGAGCCGUGAGUUACCCGGUGACCGGGGAGUGCGAAAGUCAGCCGAGGUCACCCCUCCCGGAGUAGGGGAGGGGUGGCGGUUGGCCGAGCCCGCGGGACUCGCCUGUGUCGCUGCCUCUCCGGGCCCCGCUCUGUGCACGGGGUCCCAUGAUGGCGGCGGCGUGGACGGACCCUGCGCAGAUAUCUGUGACCUUCGAUGAUGUGGCCGUGACUUUUACCCAGGAGGAGUGGGGGCAGCUGGACCCGGCCCAGAGGACCCUGUACCAGGAGGUGAUGCUGGAAAACUGUGGCCUUCUGGUGUCUCUGGGAUGUCCUGUUCCUAGACCUGAGCUGAUCUACCAGCUGCAGCACGGGCAGGAGCUGUGGACGUGGAAGAGAGACCUGUCUCAAAGCGCCUAUCCAGGUGACAAAGGAAAACCCAAGACCACAGAAUCUACUGCUAGUGAGCCAGCCCUGUCUGAGGGAGUCUCCUUCCAGGAACAACUAACACAAGGAGUUCCAGGGAUCACCCAGGUGGGCCGAACUAAGGAUCAGGAUGGGUCAUUGGAAAUGCAAGAGGGACACUUGAUACCAGAGAUAGACACCCAGAAGGAGAAACUCCCUGGGAAAUCAAGCUCUGAACAUGGCAACAUAGGGACAGCUGAUAAUGUGUGUUCAGGGAUUGUAAAGGAGCCAGUCCCUUUGGGAAGUGCUGUCCAUGACCAUGACUCAUGUGGGUCAGGUAAAGAUUCUGUGAUUCAGGAAGAAGAAAAUAUCUUUAAAUGCAAUGAAUGUGGGAAAGUUUUUAACAAGAAACGCCUCCUUGCUCGACAUGAGAGGAUUCACUCUGGAGUGAAGCCCUAUGAAUGUACCGAGUGUGGGAAAACUUUUAGUAAAAGCACUUAUCUCCUUCAACACCACAUGGUCCACACAGGGGAGAAGCCCUAUAAGUGUAUGGAGUGUGGGAAAGCCUUCAACCGUAAGUCACACCUUACACAGCACCAGAGGAUUCAUAGUGGCGAGAAGCCUUAUAAGUGCAAUGAAUGUGGAAAGGCCUUUACCCAUCGCUCCACUUUUGUCUUGCAUAACAGGAGCCACACUGGAGAAAAACCCUUUGUAUGCAAAGAAUGUGGAAAAGCCUUCCGAGAUAGGCCAGGUUUCAUUCGUCACUACAUCAUCCACAGUGGCGAGAAUCCCUAUGAAUGCUUUGAGUGUGGCAAGGUAUUUAAACACAGGUCAUACCUCAUGUGGCACCAGCAGACUCACACUGGGGAGAAGCCCUAUGAGUGCAGUGAGUGUGGGAAAGCCUUCUGUGAGAGUGCAGCCCUCAUUCACCACUACGUCAUCCACACUGGGGAGAAGCCCUUUGAGUGCCUAGAGUGUGGGAAGGCCUUCAACCACAGGUCAUACCUCAAGAGGCACCAGAGGAUUCACACUGGGGAGAAACCCUAUGUGUGCAGCGAGUGUGGAAAGGCCUUCACCCACUGCUCUACUUUCAUCUUGCAUAAAAGGGCCCACACUGGAGAAAAACCUUUUGAGUGCAAAGAAUGUGGGAAAGCCUUUAGCAAUCGUGCAGACCUCAUUCGACACUUCAGCAUCCACACUGGAGAGAAGCCCUAUGAGUGCAUGGAGUGUGGGAAGGCCUUCAACCGCCGUUCAGGGCUCACAAGGCACCAGCGGAUUCACAGUGGAGAGAAGCCCUAUGAAUGCGUCGAGUGUGGGAAAACCUUCUGUUGGAGCACAAACCUCAUUCGACACUCUAUCAUCCACACUGGAGAGAAGCCUUAUGAGUGCAGUGAGUGUGGAAAAGCCUUCAGUCGCAGCUCAUCCCUCACUCAGCAUCAGAGGAUUCAUACUGGGAGAAACUCUGUCAGUGUAACAGAAGUGGGAAGACCCUUCACAAGUGGGCAGUCCUCAGUCAACCUCCAAGAGCUCCUACUGGGGAAGGACUUCUUGAAUGUAACCACUGAGGAAACAUCUUACUCAGAAUCUGAUCAUUCAUACCAAAGAGAAACCCCUCAGUUUCCUUCCCUAUGAGAAACCCUUUUGUUGCAGGAUAUCAUUUGUCAUCUAAGGAGUCAGACUGGAAAUUUACCCAGUCUAGAGCCUUAUUCUACAUCUGAGAAUUCAUCCAGGGGAGACCCAGUGGUUAUAUGCACAUAGGAAAAUCUCCAGCUACAUCUCUUUCCUUAAUUUACACUGCAGUAUUACCUCAGGAAUUUUUUUUUUUUUUUUUUUUUUUUUUUUUUUUUUUUUUUAAAGAAAGGAGAGACUUAGAAGAGAAAAUGAACUGCAAACACAAACACAUUUUCUUUCAGGCUUCCUUGCCAAGCCUUUGGCACUUUGUGUUGAAUUCCCUAGUUUACUUGGCAGGAGAAGGGUUUUGUUUUAGAGGUGAAGGACCUAGACUUUUAUGUGUCUUGUAUAUAUAUUCAUUGCUGUCCAGUAUCAAGAGAGUUAAUUGAGGGCAGGUUUGGAAACUUCAUGAACAUCUUCUUUGUUCUAAAACAUUGUCUCUGUUCUUAAGGAGCUUAAUUUUUGUGAGAAAUAUAAAGGCUGGAGCCAUCAAACACCUUUAUGUUUGAGGAGAUAAGAAUACACAUAUGAAUGGGUACAUUUUAUUGCACCAGUUAAAACUGUUUAAGGCUUUGAUUUUUUUGAAAAAAAUGAACCUUCAUGUGGUUUUAAGGAGCUGAUACUUAGACUUUUUCUUGGUCCUGUACUAUUGGUUUACUUGAUUGCUGUAAUUAGAUGGUAAAUCUUCUAGUUGUGUAAAAUAAUUUCUCUCUCUUUAUUCUUUUUAUUUAAAACUGAUUUAGCACUCAUUACUUUGAAUUUCCACAUAAAGUUUUGGAGAAGCUUGUCUAUUUUAAUGAAAAACUCUUGAAUUUCAGUAGAAAUUGAGUUAAAUUGUCAGAUCAAUUUGAGAAUUGGGAUCUUUACUGUGUUGAGUCUUCAGUUUAUGAACACAGUAUGUCUCUAUGUUUAUUUAAGUAUUGCUUGAUUUACUUCAUCACUGUUUUGUAAAUUUCAAUAAUAGGUCUUGCAUGAUUUUUAUAAGGUUUAUAUCUAGGUGUUUUUUUUUUCUUUUAUUAUAAAUGGCAUUGAUUUUAAACUUCAGUUUCCACACAAGUUUUGGUAGUGUGCAGAAAUGUAAUUAAAAUUUGGAUGUCAUUUUUGUAUCCUACAACUUUGCUGAACUCUAGGUAUUUAUUUGUUUGAUUGAAUGCUUGGGGUUAGAAAACAGAAAUAUCAUCUACAGAAGAGACAGUUUUAUUUCUUCUUUACCAUCUGUAUACCUAGUAUUUUCUUGUCUGCUGUACUAGCUAGGAUUUCCAAUAUGAUGUUGAACAGUAUUAGUAACUACUUGUCUGGUUUCUGAUAUUAUGGGGAAAACAUUCAGUUUUUCAUCAAGUAUGAUGUUAGUAUGAGGUUUUCUUUAUAGAAGUUUCUUAUCAAGUUUAGAAAGUUUCCCAUAUUCCUGGUUUGCUGUGGGGUUUUUUGGUUGUUGUUGUUAUUAUGAAUGGGUGUUGAAUUUUAUCACAUACUUUUUCUCUACCAAUUGAUAUAAUCUUGUUUUUUUUCUUAGCUUGUUGAUAUGAUGUAUUACAUUGAUUUGAGUUUUGAAUGUGGAAUCAUCUUUGUGUUCUUGAAAUAAGCCCUACUUGGUUUAGAGUAUAAUUAUUUUUAUAUAUUAAAUUACAGUAUUCAAUAUGCUAGUAUGUUGUUGAGGAAGUUUUCCUCUAAUUGGUAAUGAUACAUAGUUUUCUUUCUUUCAUUUGUUUUUGUUUGUUUGUUUUUUGUCUUUUGUUUGUUUCAUACUGUCAUUGGUUUUGGUGUCUAGGUGAUAGUGGCCUCCCAAUAUAUAUUGGGAAUAUGCUUUUAUUAUGUGGAAAAUAGUAUAUAGAAUUGGUUUUAUUUUUAAUGUUUGGUAGCCAGUGAACCAUUUAUGCCUGGAGUUUUUUCUCCAGAUGCUUUUUAAUUAUGUAUUUAUUUUAUUUAAUAUGUAUAGAACUGUUCAGAAUAUCUAUUUCAUAUUGGAUGAAUUUUCAUGGUUGUCCUUUUUAAGGAAUUGUUCCAUUUCAUCUAAAGUUUCUUACUUGUUUCAAGUAUUCCUUUAUUAUAUUGUUUAUGAUGGAAGAAUCUGUACUUAUAUCUCCUCUUAGAUUCCUGAUAUUGGAAAUGUGUCAAUUCUCUUUUUAUCUUUGUUAAUCUUCUUAGAUAUUGAUCAUUUUUUUGUAUCUUUUUAAAGAAGCAGCACUUUAUGCCACUGUUUUUUCUCUGUUACCUUUUUGUUCCUAAUUUCACUGAUAUCUGUAUUGACCUGUUCUUCCAUCUGCUUUGGUGGUAUUUUCCUCUGUAAUUUCUUACGAUGGAUGCUUAGAUUACUGAUUUGAGAUCUUUUGCUUUUCUAAUGUAAGCAUUACAUUCUAUAAAUUUUCCUCACAGCACUUUCCUCACAAGUUGUAAUACAUUUUAAUUACAUUUCAUUUGGUUCUAAAAAUUUCUUUAUUCAAGACUUCCUCUCUAAUCCAUAAAUUAUUUAGAAGUAUAUUGUUUAAUUUCCUAGUGUUGAGAGUAUUUCAUGCUUUUUGUUAAUGACUUCUAACUUGUUUUAUGUUUGAUCUGGUUGUUUAAAUUUGUUGAGGUUUGCUUUAUGACCCAAAAUAUGGUCUAUCUUGAUGAAUGUUGAUAAGGUUGCUUGAAAAGAAUGUAUAUUCUACUGUCAUUGGAUGGAGUUUGUAUAAAUGUCCCCAUGAUCAUGUUGGUAGAUGAUGUUAUUCAGAUUUUCUUUAUCCUUGCUGAUUUUCUGUUUAGUAUCGCUCUCAAUAGCUGAGAGAGGGAUUUUGAAGUCCUGCAGUAUAAUUUGGAAUUGUCUGUUUCUCCUUUUAAGUUCUAUCAGUUUUUGUUUUGAGUAUUUUAAAGCUCUGUUGUAGGUUCAUACACAUUUAGGAUUGCUCUAUCACCUUGGUGUGUUGACUUUUCUUAUCAUUAUGAAAUGUCCCUUUUUGCCCCUGUAAAUUUUCUUUGGGGUAUACUUUAACUGAUAUUAAUAUAGUCACUAUUGUAUUUUGGGGGUAAUAUUUUGCAGGUUUUGGUUUAUAUUGUUCCGUAAUUUUAUUUUCAACCUUAGGUAUAUCAUUACAUUUGAAAGGAGUCCCCAGGAAUAGCACAUAUUCAGGUCAUGCUUUGUUUUUAUCCAUUUUGCUGAUUUCUUUUUUAAAUUGCUAUUUUUAGACCAUUUA